AUGGCGCAGUCCAAGGCAACAAAACUUGGGAGCUCACUUCCUGUGCCAAGUGUUCAGGAGCUGGCAAGGGAGUCACUUAACAAAGUCCCAUCACAAUACGUGCGUCCUGAUGUCGAGCCUUCGAUUGCAAACAAGGCUGCUUUGCAUCAAGUUCCGGUGAUCGAUAUGCAAAAGUUGAUUUCUGGAGAUAACAUGGAUUUGGAGCUCGUCAAGUUUCACCAGGCAUGCAAAGAAUGGGGUUUCUUUCAGUUAAUUAACCAUGGAGCGAACAAGUCAUUGGUGGAGAAAAUGAAGAGAGAACUUCAAGAACUCUUCAAUCUACCAAUGGAGGAGAAGAAGAAGCUAUGGCAGGAACCAGGAAACAUGGAGGGAUUUGGACAGCAUUUUGUUGUGUCCGAGGAACAGAAGCUUGAUUGGGCAGAUCUUUUCUUCUUGAACAUGCUUCCAGUUCAUAUGAGGAAACCCCAUUUGUUCUCUGCACUCCCUCCUUCUUUCAGAGAAGCUGUGGAAGAUUACUCAGCAGAAUUAAGAAAUCUAGCCAUGAGAAUACUCCAACAAAUGGCGAGAGCUCUUCGCAUGGACUUCAACGAAAUAAAAGAGAACUACGAAGAAGGAUGGCAAUCAAUGAGAAUGAACUACUAUCCUCCAUGUCCACAACCAGAGCUUGUCAUCGGCCUCAACCCCCACUCUGAUGCCGGCGGCCUCACUAUUCUUCUCCAAGUUAAUGAAAUGGAAGGCCUCCAAAUCAGAAAAGAGGGAGAAUGGAUUCCUGUUAAACCCCUGCCUGACUCAUUUGUCAUCAACAUUGGAGACAGCUUGGAAAUACUGACGAAUGGAACAUACCCCAGCAUUGAGCACAGGGCAACAGUAAACUCCUCCAAAGAAAGGCUUUCGAUUGCCACAUUUUACAGCCCAAGAUUAGAUGGAAGCAUAGGACCAGCACCAAGCCUCAUCACUCCACAGACUCCACCAAGGUUUAAAACAAUGACUUCUGCAGACUACUACAAGGGCUAUUUUGCUCGUGAACUCCGUGGAAAAUCAUACCUUGAUGUGAUAAGGAUUCAGCAGGAUGAACAUUAA